AUGCCCCAGACCAGGAUUCAGAUCCGCUCAGAGUCGAGCAGUGAGGAAAAUGAAUCAUGGUUGCAAACAGAGAAUGUGUGUCUGCUGCUUGCUGACUAUGGGAUUUACCCAAGAAGUGUAGAGAUUGAAAAUCUGGACUAUCAUUACUAUCUGCCUUUGUUUUUUGAUGGGCUUUGUGAAAUGACAUUUCCAUAUGAGUUUUUUGCUCGCCAAGGAAUCCAUGACAUGCUGGAACAUGGUGGAAACAAGAUUCUUCCUGUCGUUCCUCAGCUCAUUAUCCCAAUAAAAAAUGCACUGAGCCUUCGUAACCGACAGGUCAUCUGCGUCACCCUGAAAGUCCUCCAGCACCUGGUGGUAUCAGCUGACAUGGUGGGGGAGGCCCUGGUGCCCUAUUAUCGACAAAUCCUCCCAGUCCUAAACAUCUUUAAGAAUAUGAAUG